ACAAACAAAUGAUUUGUUGUAGUUUAUAUCUUACAAAAUAUUUAAAUAGAUUUUAAAUCUUUCAACUCAGAAACUUAUAAAUUAUUCAGUGGUGUACGAAUUGUUUAGUAAGUUCUUAUUGUGUAAUUAAUCAUGGCUUCAGAAACGGCCAAACACAAAAGGAAACGAAAAGAAAUAGAAAGUUCUCACGAAAUAUGCCGCCUUUGUAUGAGCACAGAAUCUCUGGAAGAUGUGUUCGAGGUGGAAGGCCUCCGACAAUGGAUUUCGGAUUAUUUAUCAAUUCUGAUUUCCUCAGCGGAUAAACUGAGCCAUACAAUCUGCACCAUUUGCCGGAUACAGCUGGCCGAAUUCCACCAGUUUCGGAUGCGUUGCGAGGAAGUGCAAGCCACAUUGCUGUCCAUGGGUUCGACUGAAGAAGGCGAAGGUGAAGAAGAAGAAGAGGAGAUGGCGGAGACUCCAAAAGUGGUGUCCCCUCCGCACUGUAUCGUAAGUAGACGCCGAGGCGAUCCAAUCAAAGGGGUGCUAGAAAUGGGCGACCAAUACCAUUGUGGGACCUGCUGGAAGGUGUUCGACGAACGGCGAAAAAUAAAGGAUCACAUGCGGACCCAUGGCCCGAAGAAGUACGCAUGUGAGCACUGCGGCAAAGCCUAUCCGUUGCGUCGCUAUUUGGUUGUUCACAUGAAGUGUCACAGCACUCAGCUUGAGCAAGAGUCCAUCGACGAGAAGAAUCAAAACGUGUAUGAUCGUCAGGUCAUCAAAGUUGAACCACGUGAAGAAGUGGAUUUACCAGCUGAGUCGCAAAGCUUGAAAAAUGGAACAGACACAGAGGAGACAAUUGAGUCAGCAGAUGACAGGAUUGAGAUCGAACAUGUAAAACUUGAAAAACCUUCUGACGACGACGAUACGGAAACGGAGAGUGCAGUGUCUAAAAAUUGUGGAUUUGAACCAUAUGCUGAUGAACGUGAUCUACACUCCGAAUGUCAUCUGGACAAUGUGAAAACUGCGUUAGCCAAGAGCAAAGAUCGGAUAAAAACCGAAAUGGAAGAAGUAUGUGAGGAUCUGAAGGAUGAUGUGAACGACUCUCGUGUUAGCGUCCAACAAGAAAAGAAAACGGAGUACCCGCAAGAGGAACAGCUAUAUCGUUGCGAUAAGUGCAGCAAAGCGUUUACGACAAAGCAGAAAAUAAGGGACCACUUGAGGCUGGUACAUGGAGAGAAGAAACACAAAUGCUCCUUUUGCGGCAAGGGAUUUGUCUUAACAAGCCAGUUACGCCUUCACGAACGAAUGCACACUAGGGGUAAUGAUAGGAGUAAACAGUGCACGUGCAGUAUAUGUGACAAGAUUUUCAAGAGUGGAAAAGCUUUGUGGCACCAUAAAAGUACGGAACACAGCGUGCAACAAUACCCUUGUUCCGAUUGCAGAAUUCAGUUCGUAACGAGACGCCAGUUAGAAAAGCAUCAACUUUCCCAGUUUCAUCGAAUGACGUUAGAAAUGAAAGAACAUAUCAGAAGUAGAGAUACGCAAGCAGUGCUUGAAAAGCUAUGUUUGAACAGUACAAAACACAGCAGGAAAGCUCAAAGUCGAAGGGAUAAGUUGGUAAACAUUGAACACUUACGAACUGAUAAAGGUGUAUAUCAGUGCGAUGUAUGCCCGAAACAGUUUCCGGAACGACAGCAAAUCAAGGAUCACAAAAGGCUGGUACACGGAGAAAGGAAACUGGCGUGUGAUAUUUGUGACAAGCGAUACGUCAUUCCAAGCCAAUUGUGGAAACAUGUGCGUACGCACAAUAAGGGGUACAUGUGCGAAGUGUGUAAAAAGAGCUUCCACCAUGAACGCACCUUAUGGUCCCACAAAAGAGGCCAACAUAACCUUAAGGAAUGAUCGUGAUCAGCUCGUGGAAUAGUUUGGCUGACAAACAGAGGAUUUGAAUAUCGGUAGCUGAAUCGAUAGAGAGCUGAAUUACUAAAUGGCGUUAUAGUCAAUAAACUAAUUUAUUUAAAAUCUGUGUUGUAA